AUGAACGGAAAUAUAUCAUCACGUAAUAUGAAUGCCAUACGUUAUCCCAACAGUAACGGAAUCUCUCCGUUAAAAAUAUCGCCAAAUAUGACAAAUACAGCGAAUAUAAGCCAAUUAUCAAAUGCCAAACAACCACUUCUGGAUAUCUCGCGAACGGCAACCAACUUACAAACUAGUCCUCAACUCAACGGUUCCCGAUUGGGACCCCACUCUCCAAAAGCCAGUAAUGACUAUUCAAACAGUGAUUCUGUAAUCAGUGAACACGGACUCCACGAAGUGUUGGCCUCAUUGGCACUCAUGUGUCUCUUAUCACUAUUGAUGGCAUUCUUAGCCCUUUUCUUUCUGCAGCGGACGUGUCCUAUAAGUGGACUGACAGACGGUUCAGAUAAUGUGGAAAACGGUUCCAAAGUUGUUCACAAAAAUCACAACAGAAUCGUUAGCACUCCUAAAGAAUAUCAUCGCGUCUUUCAAAUAUCAGUUUCAUUGAGUACUUUAACCAUAUCUUUAGACCUCUGCUGUCUGUUUGUGUCAUGCAUUCAAUUUUUAUCUGCCGUUAAAUUAAUGAAAACCCCAUUUGGCAAAAAACGAACAUUUGAAUUUCUAAAGAAGACAUCGCAUAUCCGAGUGGCAGCUGUCGGCGCUUUCCUCAUCUCAAUCCCCAUCUUCUUCACCGGGGUAAUUCUGUUUACUUUCGUAAACUUCGAUGAAGUGCCAGCUCUGGCCACUAGUGUUAUCAUAGGGUUAGCCAUAGUUUUCUGUGGAAUUGCUUCCGUCCAAAAUGUAUAUCUAUGGCAGUGGGAGAAAACGAAAGCGAGUCAAGAAAUGUCUGAAAGUCGUAUCAUUCACUUAAGAGAUUCCGGUUAUCUACCAACCAUUGAAUUGUCAACUUUGGUUUGA